CACAGCAGCCUGACAGGUCUCUCACUGCUGAAUGAACUGUACCGCAUCCACACUUGAAUUUGUGCAUUUGUGCGGAGGGGACAGAGGACAGCGGCAGGAUGAGAGUGGUCGCGCUCAUAAGUGGGGGUAAAGACAGCUGCUACAACAUGAUGCAGUGUAUGGAGGCCGGACAUCAGCUGGUGGCUCUGGCCAACCUGCGCCCCGAAAACACAGACGAGUUGGACAGUUACAUGUACCAGACGGUGGGACAUCAGGCCAUAGAGCUGUACGCAGAGGCCAUGGACCUUCCCCUGUACCGACGCACCAUCCAGGGCUCCAGCCUGGACACCGGCCGGGACUACAGCCACACCCCAGGGGACGAGGUGGAGGACCUGUACCAACUGCUCAGAACAGUCCAGGAGAAGGAGCGCGUGGAGGCAGUGUCUGUUGGGGCCAUCCUGUCGGACUACCAGAGGGUCCGGGUGGAGAACGUAUGUACGCGGCUUGGCUUGCAGCCCCUCGCCUACCUGUGGAGGAGGGACCAGGAGGAGCUACUGUCUCAGAUGAUAUCGGCUAACGUCAACGCCAUUAUCAUCAAAGUGGCUGCAGUAGGUCUGGAUCCAGAGAAGCACUUGGGGAAAUCUCUGGCCCAAAUGCAGCCUUAUCUCCGCCAGCUCUCAAAGAAGUACGGCGUUCAUAUUUGCGGCGAAGGAGGCGAGUACGAAACUUUCACCCUGGACUGCCCUCUGUUUAAAAGGCGGAUCGUCAUUGAUGCGAUGGAGACAGUGAUCCACUCAGCCGACGCCUUCGCUCCGGUCGGGUAUCUGCGCUUCACCAAAAUGCACACGGAGAACAAAGACACGAACGCCGCAGCCAGCGUUUUGCCCCGUGGUGCUUGUCCUUGCCGGAGCUCCAUUGACAGGAUGACGGAGGAGGAGGAAUGCGCUGAUCAAGCCGAAGACGAGCCCCCGGAAUCUCCAUCAGGCGCUAACCUCAGCUGUCAGCGGGGCCGCGACGUGUCUCCCUCCUGGUCCCAGAGGAGUCCCUCAGGGUUCCAGUGGGUUGGGGGCAUCUGUGGUCUCCAGUGUGAGGAGCUGGACGUCCAGAAGCAAACAUCCGCUGCCUUCAACCAGCUACAGAGUGAGCUGGACAGUAAAGGCUGGCACAUGAGAGACAUAGUCCUGGUCCAUCUGUAUGUGAAGAACAUGGAGGACUUUGCACAGAUCAACACUGUGUACAAGAAGCACUUUGGAAUCAACCCUCCAGCCAGAGUUUGUCUGCAGGCUCCUCUCCCGGCCGGUCAGCUGCUGCAGAUGGACUGCCUCUUCCACGCCUGGGGCCCCUCUCCAGUGGAUCCGGUGGUGCAGGAGGAGGGCUGCUACCUCCGUCGAGAGGCCCUGCACGUCCAGAGCCUGUCCCACUGGGCCCCAGCCAACAUCGGGCCCUACAGUCAGGCCUACAGGGUGAAUGAGGCUGUUUUCUGUGCGGGUCAGAUAGCCCUGGUUCCCUGCACCAUGGAGCUGCUCAGGGCUGGGACCAGAGCACAAGCCCAGCUCUCCUUCACCCAUGUGGGGCUGGUCCUCCAGGCUGUGCUCUCUGGUCUGUCCUUGUCCCAUGUCCUCCAGGCUCACUGCUACACCACCAGGCCCAGAGACACACACCUCAUCAGGGAAGUGUGGAGGGGCAUGAUGGAGGCUGCACACGGAGAGCAGGACAUUUUGGUUGGCCCUGACGCUGUCACGUGCCCACUAUCUGUCGUGGUGGUCCCUGCUUUACCUAGAGGCGCAUCUGUGGAACUACACGUAACUGCUGUCCAGGACGACCCCAACCAGAGGACUUCCUGUCACAGAACUACAAAGAUGAUGCCCGGGUGGUCCGUAGAGUGCUGCGGCGUGAGGUCGGCCGAUGGGAAACACGGUUGUCUGAGCUUGGUUGUUUUGGGGGCAGGCGUAGAGGGGGCAGAGGUGGAGAACCUGGUAGAGGAAUUUGGAGGAGCCUUCAGAGGAGCCCUGGAGGAGAUGGGCUCAGAGCUGGUUCCUCUGUGUGCGAGACUGUUUUACAAAUGGGAUAGUCCACUGGCGAUGGAGAUUGUGAAAGGACUUGAAGACACGUUGUCCACUAGUUUGGGACAGUCCUCUCCAGCUUUGUCCACUGUCCCAGUCCUGGAGCUGAGUGAGUCCCAGGUCCUGCUCCUGUCCUGCUGGCUGUCCUCUUAGACCUGCUCUAGUUCACAUCUCUAAACAGAAUGCUUUAACAUGGAAUUGUGGGACAUUUUUGGAAAGACGACAACACAAAGGGCUCUAUAUUUAUUGGCAGGACUGAAAACAGCUCAACAUGUUACCAAAUGCAAGUAUAC